CGAAGUAACAUAUUGAUAAAUUUAUUCCAGUACAUCGUUAGAUACUAAGAGACACGAGUUAUUUUACUACUUCAAAAUGAAAAUCAGGCAUAAAACCAUCAGCAGAAUUGUCUCUACUACAUUAUCUCGUAUUGGAUAUCAUGUCGGUUGCUAUCCUCAAAUAUACGUUGCAGUCACUUUUAUAACGUCGCUCGUUUUAGCAACCGGUCUAUUGCAUAUGCCAUUGCAAAACAAUUUAGAACACUUGUUUAUUUCAUCCAAUGCAAGAAGCAGAAUUGACAGAGCAACUAUUGAAUCUAUUUUUCCAAAGAACGUGUCACAAUGUGAUUUUAGAAGAAUGACAAGGUUAGAAGCAAUUGCAACAAUAAUAGCUACGUCUAGAAACGGAACUUCUGUAUUACAGGAAUCAAUAAUCGAAGAUAUUAUCAAACUUGACGAAAUCAUACAAAAUCUCACUAUCUUUUGGAAUAAUGCAUUCGUCGGUUACAAAGAUUUAUGUUGUAAGACUGAGAGAAAUAUUUGCCACGAAAAUUUUGUUUUGAGUUUAAAAGAAAAGACAAAUGAUAUCAAAGAAGGAACAUACAACAUCAAAUAUCCUGCUGAUAUGACUGGAGAUCAAGUAAUAUUGUCUGCUUUAGAAUUUGGAGGGGUAAGUUUGAAUGAAGAAAAUAUGAUCCGAGAUUCCAACGCAAUUAGGUUGAUGUACGCAUUGGACCGCAGCACGAAAGAAAAGAAAGAAAUGGCACUGAAAUGGGAACAAAUGUGUUUAGAUACUUUGUCAAAAAUUAAUUUGAACGGUACCAAAAUUUCUAAACUACUAAGUCGCUCUGUCGAAGACGAAAUUGGUCGAACAGGCGAAAUAUCAUUGCCUCUUAUUUUCAUUAUGGCUCCAAUUAUGCUGUUAUUUUCAUCAGUUUCUUGCUUGUCAACUGACUCUCUCAGUAGCAAACCUUGGAUGGGUAUUGCAAAUUGCGCAUCACCUUUUUUAGCAACUGUUUCAGCAUUUGGUCUCCUGUGUUACUGCAAAGCGGAUUACGCAGCAGCAAAUGUCAUGAUUUUUUUUCUAAUUUUAGGUGUUGGUGUGGACGAUGGCUUUAUAUUGAUAGCUGCGUGGAGAAGAACUGACGUCAAGGCUUCUAUUCCACACAGAAUGAAAGACGCUUACGCCGAAGCUGCGGUGUCCAUUACGAUUACGUCUCUGACCAAUCUUCUUGCGUUUUGUAUGGGAUUCGUAACACCAUACAAAGGGAUUCAUAUAUUCAGCGCCUACGCAGCUCUAGCAAUCCUGUUUGACUAUAUUUAUCAGUUAUUGUUUUUUGGUGGCCUCAUGGCUUUGGAUGGAUAUAGAGAGAAGUAUAAGCUGCACGCUAUGUUUUGUUGGCCAAUCAAACGAAAUAAUUUUGUUCAAAGGAAUUUAGAAGCAAGAACAAAAGAAAAAAACGAAGAAAAUGUCUUCAUGUUAUUUUUCGGAAAAUAUUUAGGUCAAGUCCUGACAAAUACAAUUAGUAAAGUUGUCGUAAUCGUCAUUUUUAUUAUUUAUCUAACGGGUGCAAUAUAUUGUAUGCAAUUUAUUCAAGAAGGAGACGACGUAACUAAACUCCCUUCAUACACUUCUUACGUACGUGACUAUCUAAAUACAGAAAAUAAGUAUUUUUCUAAUUACAGUCAUCAAGUGCAAAUAGUCAUUAACCAGACAUUAGACUACUCAAAUGUAACUGUCCAAAAUGACAUAGAGGAUCUUCUGCAAAGUUUCGAGUCUGCUCCAUUUAUAUCCGAUUCGUCGACCACAGAAAGUUGGCUAAGAGAAUUUCUGGCAUUCACUAAAUCUCCAGUUGCGAAGUUUUCGCUUUCUGGUUACAAUCUGAGUAAUUCUGAUGACUUUCUGAGUGCAUUUAAAAAUGUAUUCUUGAAAGCUAAAGUAGCAAACAGAUUCAAAAAUGACGUUAUUUUUAAUAAAGAAGGUGAUAAAAUUACUGCUUGCAGAUUCAUCGUUUCAAGUUUGGAUGGAGAAUCUCGAAUUGACGAAAAGUUUUUCUUUGAAAAUGUAAGAAAAAUUGCCGAUAACAGCAAAAUUCCUGUUAUUGCAUACAAUUUUAGAUUUAUGUAUUAUGAACUGUAUAUUAAUGUCCUUUCAAAUUGCUUAAAAGCCAUCUCUUGUGCGGCCUUCAUAGUGAUUUUAGUAUUUAUUUUAUUUACCCCAAACUUAUUCUUUCUUUUCUGUGUUGCCAUGACUCUUAUAUCUAUUCAGGUAGGAUUAAUUGGAUUUAUGUCUUUAUGGAAUAUGAGUGUAAACACUAUGGCUUUAAUAACUUUUGUGAUGUGUACGGGAUUUUGUGUGGAUUACACGGUUCAUACGGCUUACGCGUUUAUCAAUUGUAAAAAGAAGACACCGAAUGAGAAAAUCAAGAGUUGUUUAUAUGCUGCUGGAUACCCGGUGUUACAAGGAUGUAUAUCUACGUUAUUGGGUGUUUCGGUGUUAUACUUCGGUCCUGCGGAAUCGUUUGUCAUAUUUUCUAAAAUUAUAACUUUAAUGGUAAUUUUUGCUUCUUUUCAUAGUCUAAUUUUACUUCCAGUUAUUCUGAGUCUCGUAGAUUCUAUUUCGUGUAAUUUAUUAAAAAUAAAAACGCAUGAAAAUGAAUAUAAUGAAAAUAGUAGAAAGGAGAUUGAAGGUUUGAAUUCUAAAAGCACGUCACGUGUUAACGAAAAUUGAUUAUUUUUUAGAGGUUAAAUUCUAUUUUACUUGUUAAAUAUGAAUUUUGGACAUUACGAAGGAAAUAAUGUAAUUUUCUUAUUUGAUUGUACGCAUUUAUAUUUCGGAAACUACUUCCACAAAACACAAUACUGUUAAAAUCGAUGAUUUGCUUUGCAAUUCAAUAAAGAAUUGUUGAAUUGAUCUAACGACGAUUGUUUGAUUAAUUAACGUUAAUUGAGCCAUUGAAUUUGUAAGGUUCUCUAUUAGG